AACUAAUGGCCGAAGUAAUGUUUAUCUCUUAGUGUUAAAAGUGAAGUGAUAUCGUGAGCAGCUUAUAAGAAUUACGUUUUGAAUACGUAAAAUAUUGUCUGGAAUAAAUAGUAAUUUAAAUUGUGUGUCGUCAAGAAAGUACUUACAAAUACCUUCUACAAGAUGAGUAGUACACAGCUGAAAGUUCCUGCCCCUAAAAUAGAGGACCGCCACUUUACUAAACCUUUACUCUGUGGCCCUGGGCCUUGUGACUACUGGCCUUCGGUUACCGAGGCCCUCACCAGGCCUGUUAUAACACCGCUAUGUGACGAGCACUAUAAUGUUUUUGAUGAUAUAAGAGCUGGUUUACAAUACUUGUUCCAAACCAACAGUAAGAUGGUAUUCGCCAUGAGUGGAUCGGGUCACACGGGAAUGGAAGCCGUGAUCUCCAACCUCGUGGGUCCAAAAGAGACUUUACUCAUUGCCAGCAGGGGGAUAUGGGACGAGAGAGCACUCGGAAUGGCUACAAGAUACGGUAUUAAAACUGAAAUAUGCAGCGUACCCUUGAAUACUACAUUCAGUUUAGAAAGCCUGAAAUCUUAUUUGGAGAAAAUACGACCAGCCGCUCUCUUCAUUACCCACGGGGAUUCCUCCACCGGCUCUGUGCAGCAACUCAAAGGACUCGGUAAACUGUGUCACGAAUAUGGUGCCCUGUUGCUUGUUGAUACCGUAGUGUCUCUUGGUGGAGAACCUUUCUUCAUGGAUGAGUGGGAAGUCGACGGGGUGUAUUCAUCUACGCAGAAGGUCCUCAGUGGACCUGCUGGCAUAUCGCCGAUAGCAUUCAGUGAACGAGCCCAGAAGAAAAUGGAAUCCAGAACAUUUAAGCCACCCUUCUACUUCGACGCACAACUGCUGGCUGAGCAAUGGAACUGCUUCGGGAACACGCGAAAAUACCACCACACGAUGAGUCCACCAUUGCUUUGGGCACUAAGAUGCUGUUUGAUGGAGAUCAUCAAAGAAACCUUGCCUCGCUCUUGGGAGCGCCACGCUGCUAACACGGCUCAUUUUAGAACGAGGAUUCAACAACUGUCUUUGGAAUUUUUGGUCCCCAACCCUGAAGAAAGACUCGUUACGGUUACGACUGUAGUUUUACCGAAAGGCUAUGAUUAUAUGGAAUUCGUUCGCUAUAUGAGGAAACAUUACAACAUCCUAAUCUUUGCUGGGCUAGGCCCAACAGUGGGCAGGUGUCUCCGCAUCGGCCUGAUGGGCGUCAACUCCAGGAUGUCUGUGGUGGAUGCCGUCACUGACGCCAUGGCCGGAACAUUGAAGGCACUGAAAAAGUCAAAACUUUAAUCAUUACCUUGGCAUUAUGAUAUUGUUCUUUAUAAAGAAAUAUUAUAUAUCAAUUCUCUAAAAAAAAUGUGUCAUAUUCAAGUUUUCAUAUAUACCAAUUUGUAAAAUUUUUUUUACUUCAUACACACAUACAUGUGUUAAUAUAAUUUUAAUAUGUUUUAUUUUAAUAUUAAUGGAAUUGCUAAUGUGAAUGUAUCUUUUACUGUCACAGAAAUUAAAUACAUUCAUCAAAUGAUUCUUUGAGAAAAAAAGACCUUUGAAAAAAAUAAUAAACAAAAAAGGUAGGUCGGUGACAAUUUAUGUAGUAAAUCAAAACAAUAAUUAAAAAAACGCUGUAAUUCAAGCUGAAACCGAGCGAGUUGUAGUAAAAGUUUGCGUGUGUACUUAACUUUUUAACUUGAAUCGUGUCGCGGCACUCGUUUCAUCGCAUGCAAUGCCAGUGCAAAAAUACAAUGAAAUCAGGAAUUUCAAAAAAAUUAAGGCUCGCGUAAAGCGUCAAAUCCCGGUAAUUACUUAACUGAAUAUGAACUUAAAACAUUAGCACUUAAAAACCCUUUUUAAUUAUAUCACAAAAAGUCUAAAAAAAUAUUAAAGUAACACCUAAAUGUUAUGUGUCACAUGUCUAGUGUACAAAGUUUCAAUAUUGUACUAAUUACAUAGCUGCGAAGUCGCAGUAAUAAUCUUGCAGCGUUGAGAUGGAGUCUAAUUCAGUUAGGAGUCUGUGCCUGUGCCUGUCGGAUUAACAAAGAGGAUUUAUUUGGCUAACAACGACAUAGAGUAAGGACAGUUUGCUUUAUCCGUAGUAGAGCGCGCACAAGGAGGAAUGAAUGCGAAUGUGUUUCGUAGAUUUAAUUUUAUCGACGCUAAUAUUACAAAGAC